ACACACACAGACACACACAGACACACAGACACACACACACACACACACACACACACACUGAGCGGCAUCCUCCUCUCAGACCCAGACGCCCUUGGACUGCUGCAGGCGAGGAUGAAGCUGUUGUCAUGGCAACAGUGUGGAGAGACGGGCGUCGUCCUGCUGGGUUUUCUGACGCUGGCUGUGUGUGUCGGGAAUCUGUCCACCAGGGGGCUCCAGGAGGAGGGCGUGGCCUCCAACAGCCUGGAGGAGGAGCUGGAGGUGACCACGUACUGGUGGGGGGAGUGGGCCAAGUGGACCGCCUGCACCCGGACCUGCGGAGGGGGGGUCCAGUCCCAGGAGAGGCACUGUCUGAAGCAGAGAAAGAAAGUGUUGGCUGGAAAAGACAACAUGACCUGUACAGGAACCGCCAAGAAGUAUCACCUCUGCAACACCAAAGAAUGUCCCGCUGCUGGGAGGAGCUUCAGGGAGGAGCAGUGCUGGUCCUUCAACUCCCAGCUCUACAACGGGAGGAACUACCAGUGGAAACCUCUGUACCCCGACGACUACGUCCACAUCUCCAGUAACCCCUGCGACCUCCACUGCACCACCACCGAUGGCCAACGCCAGCUGAUGGUGGCGGCUCGAGACGGGACGUCCUGCAAAUACAGCAGCUACCGCGGCGUCUGCGUCGACGGUAAGUGUGAGCCAAUCGGAUGCGACGGUGUGCUCUUCUCCUCCAACACCCUGGAUAAAUGUGGCGUCUGUCAGGGCGACGGCAGCAGCUGCAGCAGAGUCACUGGAAACUUCCGCCGCGGCGCCACCACGCUAGGUUACUCCUUCAUCACCCAAAUCCCUGAAGGAUCAUGGGAUAUCCAGAUCAUUGAGAGGAAGAAGUCAGCAGACGUCCUGGCUGUGACCGAUCAGGCCGGGAACUUCUUCUUCAACGGUGCCUACAAAGUGGACAGUCCGCAGAACUUCCACGCCGCCGGCACCGUGUUCAAGUACCGUCGGCCCAUGGACGUGUACGAGACCGGCAUCGAGUACAUCGUAGCCAAAGGCCCCAUCGACCAGGCCAUCAACAUCCUGGUGUGGAACCAGAACGGUCGGACCCCGUACAUCACCUACGAGUACACGGUCCUGCGGGACUCGCUGCCCCCCGUCCCCCCUCCCCCGGUCUACACGGGCUCCGACUCCUCGGCCGGGGAGGUGUCGGUGGAGGUAGGGCUGGGGGUGGGGGGUCUGCUGCCCCCCAACGGCAGCAUCUACGACCAUGGCACCGCCGACACCGACCAGGGUCCAGACGGACAAAAGGUCCAAGAGACCAAUGAGGUCUACGAGGAGACGGCGGCCAUCGACUGUGACCAGGACGGAGCUCCCGGGCCCAAAUAUACAGGAAACAGCAGCCAUGCAGGAAGCACCGCCCACCCCCCAAGUGCUGCUGCCGGACCCCUGGACCCAGGUCCCGACUCCCCAAACCUCAUCUGGAGGGUUCUGUUGGACGGCCGGAUCAGUGCCGACGAGCUGCUCAUCAACAUCUCCACCAAUCAGCUGCUGACGGAGGGAGGUGGCCUGUUCUCGUCAGAGGCGGGGCCAGAAGAUGUGGAACUGAGCAGCGCCGAGCGGGUCAAUGACACGCUAGAGUUCGCUCUGGGCCGCAAAGGCAACGACAGCGGCGAUGGCCUGUACCAGAACAAAACGGUCCAGAGUGGAGGGCGGAGCUCCAGCCGCUCCAACAGAACCAGAGGGAAUCCAAGGCUUUACCAGAAGAACCUGAAGCUGAGCGCCGCUGACAUGUACCGAUGGAAACUGUCGUCACAGGAGCCCUGCAGCAUGACCUGCUCUAUAGGAGUGUCCAAAUCUUUCGUCACAUGCAUUCGUUAUGACGGCGUGGAGGUUCAUGACAUGUACUGCGACGCUCUGACCAGACCUGAGCCGGUCCAUGACUUCUGCAUCGGCAGAGAAUGUCAGCCCAGGUGGGAGGCCAGCAGCUGGAGCGAGUGUUCCCGGACCUGUGGGGAGGGGUUCCAGUUCCGUCAGGUCCGAUGCUGGAAGAUGCUGUCCCCAGGUCUGGACAGUUCCGUCUACAGCGACCUGUGCACCAUGGCCGACCUGGAGAGGCCCGUGGAGAGGCGGGCCUGCAAGAGCCCGGCCUGUGGUCCGCAGUGGGAGGUGGCCGAGUGGACCGAGUGUCCGGCCAAAUGCGGCCGCAGAGCUCAGGUGACCCGCGAUGUCCGCUGCUCCGACGAGACCAGACCAUGUGACCCCAUGACCAAACCCCCCGGUGUCAAGAACUGCACCGGGCCCCCCUGUGAACGCCACUGGACUGUGUCCGAGUGGGGACCCUGCUCGGGGUCGUGCGGUCAGGGGAAGAUGGUGCGUCAUGUGUACUGUAAGACCCCCGAGGGCCGCGUGGUCCCAGAGAACCAGUGUGCAGCCGAGACCAAGCCCCUGGCCAUCCACCCCUGUGGAGAGAGGGACUGCACCCCCCACUGGCUCAGCCAGGACUGGGACAGGUGCAACACCACCUGUGGCCGUGGCGUGAAGCGGAGGAAUGUCCUCUGCGUCGGCAUCAGCGGCGGCAAGUUCCAGAUCUACGACGACGAGGCGUGCGGCGGCGACGAGAAGCCGGACGAGGAGAACACGUGUUUCGAGAGGCCGUGUUUCAAAUGGUACACGACGCCCUGGUCCGAGUGCACGAAGACGUGCGGCGUGGGCGUGAGGAUGAGAGACGUCAAGUGUUACCAGGGUCGGGAGCUGGUGCGAGGAUGUGACCCCCUCACCAAACCGGUGGCCAAACAGACCUGCACCCUGCAGCCCUGCCCCACGGAGCCACCAGAUGAGAGCUGUCAGGAUCGUCCCUCCACCAACUGUCUGCUGGCGCUGAAGGUCAACCUGUGCAGCCACUGGUAUUACAGUAAGGCCUGCUGCCACUCCUGCCGCGCCGUACGACCUCCCACCUCCUAG